UUCAUAUUGCGCGAGAGGUGAGAGUUAGAAUUCGAGAAUGUUGACUCAACCUCACUCACUCAUGCGAUGGCGAUUACUGUGGGAGUUCUGGCCCUCCAAGGCGCUUUCUACGAACAUUUAAAGCUUCUACGUAAAGCUGCAGCAAGCCUGUCGCCCAACGAAACCCAAAAAUGGAAUUUCAUUGAAGUUCGCACGCCGGCGGAACUCGAAAUAUGCGACGCCUUGAUUAUUCCCGGCGGAGAAAGCACAGCUAUCUCCCUGGUUGCCGCUAGGUCGCAAUUACUCGAGCCACUAAGAGAUUUUGUUAAACUUCGCCGUCGACCAACCUGGGGAACAUGCGCCGGUCUAAUCUUACUCGCCGAGUCGGCAAAUCGGACAAAGGAGGGAGGCCAGGAGCUCAUUGGUGGCCUUGAUGUGCGCGUAAAUAGGAACCAUUUCGGCAGGCAGACUGAGAGCUUCCAGGCGCCAUUGAAGUUGCCCUUCUUGUCCGAAGUGCGCCAGGGCGGCGAGAGCUCCGAUCAAUCGGCAACCUUCAUGGGUGUAUUUAUCCGAGCUCCUGUGGUCGAGAAGCUACUCCCUUUUGUAGAUGAUAUACAGGUUGAAGAACAAAAGAGAGAAGGAACAGUAGUGGCACCAUCACGGCAUCCAAAGGAUCCUGCGGCGCGGAAGGCAAUGAGUGAUCAUGUCGAUGUGCUCGCAAAACUACCGGGCAGGGCAGCCAGGCUUGCUCAAACGGGCGCAGAUAUCCAUGCGGAUACGGAUUCAGGAGAUAUUGUGGCCGUGAAACAGGGCAAUGUUUUUGGCACGAGCUUCCAUCCCGAGUUGACGGAUGACCCCAGGAUUCAUGCCUGGUGGUUGCAGCAGGUCGAGCAAGCGGUGUCGAAAUCGCGGGCCUCCUAGCAAUGACAACAUUUGCACUGCGGCAAUGGCGAAUCCAACAUCGAACAAGGUAUCCCCUGUGUUAAGGUUCUUUACCCUUCCAUGGGCCAGCUUGAAUAUUUGAUAGAUAGAUCUCUUUUCCCAUUGUGUAUGUAGAAUUAUAACUUCAUUAACUUGAAACAAUAACGCCUCCCUUGCGCCCCGAUCCUGCCCAGCUCAAAAAUUAUCUUACCUGCCUUUCCCAUACUCUUCCUCCUCCUUCCUUCGCUCAUCAGCGAUCGCCCGGCCGUAACCACCGCGGCCUGGAUCAUAUUCAUCUCUGUAUUCAUCCCGAACCUGGCCACCAGAUUUACCCCGUCUGUAAAAAUCUAGUUAGCCGAAUAGCAAUUCCAAAGGCUUCUUUUGUACCCGACGUACCCGUAUUGCCGACCCUCCUGGAAUCCC